AAAGUGUGGUCCGAGGUCUUCUUCUACUUGGCCCAGAACAACGUCAUGUUCGAGGGCAUUCUGCUGAAGCCGAGCAUGGUCACCCCAGGCGCUGAGCACAAGAACAAGGCCUCUCCCGAGACCGUUGCGGAUUUCACGCUCACCAUGCUGAAAAGGAGGGUCCCUCCAGCUGUCCCAGGAAUCAUGUUUCUGUCUGGAGGACAAUCGGAGGCAGAGGCCACACUGAACCUGAACGCCAUGAACCAGAGCCCAAACCCAUGGCAUGUGUCCUUCUCCUACGCACGUGCCCUGCAGAACUCUGUGCUCAGGACGUGGCAAGGCAACCCGGAGAAGAUCGAGGCCUCGCAGAAGGCACUGUUGGUGAGGGCAAAGGCCAACUCACUGGCCCAGCUAGGCAAAUACUCAGCCGAGGGCGAGAACGAGGACGCCAAGAAAGGAAUGUUUGUCAAAGGUUACACCUACUGAGAUUGUUCAUUUUGUCAGAGAUCGUCGUAAUAAGAAGGACCCUUGUUGUCUUUU